UACGAUCAUGUCGCUCUCUUGGUGCCUGCCUAUCAAUUUCAGUUCCUCAGAGUCAGAGAUCUCUCCGCAACACCAGGUGGCUGUGUUCAACCUUCUGUUUGCAAUCGGUCUUCAGAUGCUGUACCGACUUGAUCUCUUUCACGCGGUCUAAUCCCUCCGGGGAUGCAACGUAAACGCUCCGAUGAGUAGGUUUUGAAUGAUGAUGGAUUGUUAAAUUUAAAGAAUCAAGAGGGGAUUAAUGGUGUGUCCAUGAAGAGCGGACUUAUAAUCUCUGAACGCGAAUUCCCCUCUCUUCAUCCCCUUCCGCCAUGAGCCCGUCCCCUCCGUCCUACGACUCUCUCACAUUCCAGAUGAGCCCUGUAGUCGAACUCAAAGCGAACGGCCAAGUGUCUCGAAUACGCUCUCACAAAGGGAACGCUCCCACAUUGCCUCAAACAAAGUACUGUCCUCUAUGUCCUGCCAAGUUCACAAGGACGACGCACUUGCAUAGACAUAUUCGUUCACACACCAAUGAACGCGCUCAUCGGUGCGAUUUAUGUGGCGCCGAAUUUACGAGGAGUGAUCUCUUGACAAGACACAAGAAGACCUGUGGGGACCCGCUCAGUGCCCAUCGAUCACGAAGGAAGUCCUGUCAGGCUUGCGCUGAGUCCAAAGUCAAAUGCAACCUUCAGUAUCCGUGCUCAAAAUGUUCCUCGCGGGGCAAACAAUGUGUUUUCAUCAAUGAUCCUGCAGUUUCUCGCCACAAAAAAUACGGAGCGAGAAAACGAACGUCUCAGGUCAAGACAGAGAGCCAGCCCAUCGUCAUUUCGGAUCAGAAAUUUCUUUGCUCGUCGUCAUCGCCCGCAUCCUCGCCCGAAUCACUACCGGCGUCACCUACCUUUCAUCACACCCUGCUUCCCGGGCUUGACUUCAAUUGCACGCCUGACUUUUCCCCGUUAUCCUCCUCACACUCCUCGCCUCCAUCAGACAUUUUAGAUACAGUCAUGGACGACGAUGCUGCGGCAGAUGUCAUUAUUAACAGAGAUGGUGAGCUUACCGGGCUCGAGCCUCACAUGGACAAGAUCUUUUCCAAUGGCAUGUUCGACUCGCUCCUAGAUCAUUUCUCUUUUUCGAAUCAGGACACAAGUCAUGCGUCUGCAGCAGAUUUCUCAUGGCUUGGAGGCAGUGAUGCAACUGGAUACGACACCGAUUACUCAUUACCAUCCUCUCAUAGCGCAGUAUCUAUGCCUACGCCACCAGAGUAUGGCUCACCUUUGGAAUUACCUCGCACCAAUUCACCCCCAUAUACCGCUUCUUCCGGAGGAUACUCAAACCCGUCAAGUAUGUCGAACGGCGUAAACCCGGCGGAUACUGAGCAGCAACAAUAUCUGUAUCUCUUCUUCUCCGCAUUCUGCGCACAACUCCCUUUAGUGCACCCGUCUACAUGGAUGACGGAAGACAAGCCUCCAAUUCUCCUUCGCGCAAUGCAAGCAUGCGGCGCACUCUUUGUCAAAACCCGACGGGCCGCGAACUUUAUUACCGAAACUUUGUCUUCAACGCGGGAUGUGUUGAUACAGGAAUUUACCAAGGUCUCGUCCGGCCCGAAGGAGCAGGAUUUCUUGAUACUAGCUGCCGUCUUGCUGCAGACUAUUGGUCUCUUUCACCAGCGUGCCGACUUGCGGGUGUCUUCUAAUGUUUAUCAUGGGAUGUUAGUAAUGAUGAUUCGUAGGACAGGAUCUAUCGCUCGUUCGCGUUCUUGGGCUGCUCCUGAUAUGAAUGAUCCGCCUCUAUUGGAGCAUGCAUGGCGGGAAUGGGCUUUUCAUGAAACCGUCAAACGGGCCCUUUUGCUUUCUUACCUUCAUGACUGCUGUCAUUCUGUUUUCUUUUCUAUGCGACCAUCCUUUCCGACAGCCGAAUUCGACAUUAAUUUGCCAUGUGACGACGCGGUGUGGAAAGCUCGAACGUCCAUGGAAUGGUUCGAGCUGAUCCAGAAGCCAUCUCCAUUCGGAGUAGGUGCAGUCAGGCUGUAUGGUGUUAGCAUGCAGCAAGCGCUCACCAAUCUUGGAGAGAUGCGACUUUCAAUCUCGCAUGCGCCUCUCAAUUCCUUUUCCCAGUUCAUCCUCAUUCACACCAUUCUUCGUAACAUCUAUAUCUCCUACUCGCGAAACACUUCUGAUAGCACAAUCCUUCUACUUUCUACAUCAGCGUCACCAUCCGAGCCCGUCACUGAUGAGGGGCGCCGAGGAAACCAUUUUGCAACUCAGUAUGCUCUACAUAACUGGCUUCAAUCGUGGAUACAAUUUACGGAUACACCAAGGUUGGACGACGAUCCAGAUGAGCCGCCAUUCAUCUACAACUCUUUGCCUUUCUACUGGCUCGCACAAGUUUCACUUCUAGCAAUCCAAGAGGGUGGUUCGGCUUGGGUUGAGGAAACAACGGAGAACAGAUUCCAUGUCAUGAAGGAGUGGUUGGAUCGGAUUCGAUUUUUUCUGCGACAGAACCACGAGAUUCCCCCUCAUCUAUGGGAGGAGCUGAUGGCCAUUCGACGUCAGAUCUCGCAAGCUGACCCAAGUACUUUAGGGGACCACCCCAACGGUUUACUAUCUUUCUUCUCCGAGCAUUGAAUAACGGACUUGCUGAAGUUAUCGCAUUAGAUAGAUUGAUCGUCA